AUGAAGCUUACUCUCUUGGCUAUCUUCGCUGCUGGCGCCGUUGGCGCACCCAUCGCUGAUCCUCAGAUGACUAGCGUCCCCCCUGGCCUACCCUCUGGCUUUCCCUCUGGAUUCCCAAGCUUCUCUGGUCGUAACCAUGCCAUCGUUCCCGGCACCGACUGGAGGAUUCCCGCCGUUUCCCACCGGAGGAUUCCCCUCUGGCCCAAUGCCAUCGUUUCCUAUGCCGACUGGAGGAUUUCCUCCUUUUCCUUCUGGAGGCUUUCCUUCUGGCCCUCUGCCGUCGUUCCCUAUGCCGACUGGAGGAUUUCCGGGCUUUCCUUCUGGAGGCUUUCCCAGCGGUCCCAUGCCGUCGUUCCCCAUGCCGACUGGAAUGCCCGGUUUUCCUUCCGGAGGCUUUCCCAGCGGUCCAAUGCCGUCAAUGCCCAUGCCGACGGGAUCAUUCCCGGCGAUGCCGUCGCCGAGUAUGGUCUUGUUCUGUUCAGAACCCUCAACCGCCACGGCGAAACUGUCAACAACCUCAUUGGCACAACCCUUAACCCCGUCAACCGAAACCUCCCUGUGGCGGCUCUUCAGCAGGGGAGGGGCCUCUUCAAGCGCUUCAGGGGAGUCUGGUUGGACUGGGUACAGAUAUUGGUGGAUCCGCUCUCCUAUUGCCGCGUUGCGAAUGUCAUCUCGGGAGAGACGACAUAUCCCUCCGUCGGUAUCUUGGCGACAUCUCUCGAUGCGAUUCAUCUCGUCUUCAGCUCAUUAGCUGCAACACAGCCCUGGCUCAGAGAUCCGUUUCUGGCUCCUGUACCAUGGCGCCAGCAUCUAGUAGAUGAGACGUUGGCCGGAGCUACCGCAGACGGAGCUGUAAAUGAUCAGAAGCCUCUCAAGUUGGGUAUUUACUGGACAGAUGAUGUAGUUACACCGCAGCCGCCCAUCGCCCGCGGACUUCGCACUGUCCGCACAGCCAAGCGGGUCCACCUUGCCUUUCUGAAGGCAGAUGGCGGCCAUGACAUCCACAAGCAACUGAGUCUAUCUGGAGAACCACUGAUUCCCCCUCUUCGAGCCACCUUCCAGCUUCGAGACACAUUGUCACUCAUCACGCAUCAAGAGUUGACGGUGGAGGGUCGGGACUACGAAGGAGCAUACUCAGACGACUGGAACUCGACAGCAGGUCAAGAUGGUCAGCUCGUAGAUGCUGUGGCCAUGCCCGUGGCCCCGCAUGCAGCUGUCAUUCCCGGCAAAUUCUAUCACACAGCUUACACCGAAGCAAUCAACCUCCUAGACUACAGCGUCAUCGUUAUUCCUGUGACAAAGGCCGACCAGUCCAUCGAUAAAGCCAAUCCCAACUACAAGCCGCUCAACGAUGUAGACGCCAAGAAUUGGAAAGCCUAUGACGCAGCUGUGUAUGGUGGUGCUCCAGUUGGAGUCCAGGUUGUGGCCAGACGGUUUGAAGAAGAAAAGGUUUAG